CCCAGUGAGAAAGCCCGAGAACCACACCUGAAUCUCGACCUCCUCCUCCCAGCGACCAAAUCUGCCGCCGCGCCGCCCGCCGGAAGGAACGAAUCGAGCCCCGCGGUUGCGCGAUGAACACCGACAUCACCGCGUCAGUGAAGCCGGAGUACCCGGUGGUGGAUCGGAACCCCGCCUUCACCAAGGUCGUCGGCAACUUCUCCGCGCUCGACUACAUGCGCCUCUCCACCAUCUCCGCCGUCUCCGUCACCGUCGGCUACCUCUCCGGGAUCAAGCCGGGGAUCCGCGGGCCGUCGAUGGUGACGGGGGGCCUCAUCGGGGUCCUCGGAGGGUUCAUGUACGCCUACCAGAACUCCGCCGGACGCCUCAUGGGGUUCUUCCCCAACGAAUCCGAGGUCGCGCGCUACAAGUACAAGCUGUAGUGGUAGACGGCAUCAUCAUUUCUCCCCGUUUCUCAACCGCAAGUGUUACAUCUUUGCUUUUACCUUUCUAAUCUCACUUGGCGUGAGCUGCACUUGGUGUGGGCAAUGUGUGGUCUUGGUGUAAUAAAUGGGGUGCCUUGCUGCACAGUAGUGAGGAAUUCAUGAUAAUGAUUUUACUCGUUUUGUUAUGACAGAGCCAAAAUUUGAUCGCCAUUUCGGUGAACUUCUGGAAUUGGAGAACUGUUGUGUUAAAAUGGA